GUCAACCGGAGACGUAUGCAAUAUCGGGUACGGAGUACCGCUUACCGAACGACGUCGCGGUCUAGUACGGGUGGUUCCUCCUCCCCGUGGGCUGUAUUUCCCACCAAACAGAAGCAGAACAGACAACCGCUCAGCAGAGCACACAGAGGCCUCCGCCACGCCCGCCCGUGGCGACCCCGCCUCCACGUCAACUCGCCCGCCGGCUUGCCCGGCCGCCGGAGGCAUCCCACCCAUGGCGGCACACGCCUCCCGCGCUUCGGCUUCCGUUUCGGAAGUGCUCUGCGAAGAGUAUCUAAAGGAUUUUGUCCUCAUUUCUGCAACGUCCAAACAUCAGCAUUUUAUGGACUCGUUCAUAGGAGGAAAAAUUCUUCUCCUUUGAGAUGCUCUUUUCGCUCCAUUCAAGCAAGGAAUAACCACUCAUCAGCUGUUGCACCUAAAGAUUAUUGUGAAACUUACAUCCAGUUUUUAAGGGACAAACGGAUAGUUCCUGAUUCAGAUCCUCCAAGCACUAAGGAUGUGGACCUACUGUACCAGUUUAUUGAUAAGAGUAACAAGCUCAUGGUAUUAACUGGAGCAGGAAUGAGUACCGAGUCCGGAAUUCCUGAUUAUAGGAGUCCUAAUGGAGCAUACAGUUCUGGUUUUAAACCACUUACUCAUCAGGAGUUUGUUCGCUCUAUUCGAGCCCGGCGGCGCUACUGGGCUAGAAGCUAUGCUGGAUGGAGAAGGUUCACGAGAGCACAACCAAAUACAGCUCAUUAUGCUCUUGCAUCACUAGAAAGAAUUGGCCGUGUUCACUCAAUGGUUACUCAGAAUGUUGAUAGGUUGCAUCAUCGUGCUGGUAGUAAGCCAAUUGAGUUGCAUGGAAGUGUAUAUGAGGUCAUUUGUUUGGAGUGUGGUACAUCUAUCAGUCGAGAGUCAUUCCAAGAACAAGUGAAGGAGCUCAACCCAAAGUGGGCUCUAGCUAUUGACAGUUUGGAAGAGGGACAACCUGGCUCAGGCAAAAGUUUUGGAAUGCAGCAGCGGCCUGAUGGUGAUAUUGAGAUUGAUGAGAAGUUCUGGGAGCAAGAUUUUGACAUUCCUAGUUGCAGUCAAUGUGGUGGAGUGCUAAAACCUGAUGUUGUGAUGUUUGGUGAUAAUGUUCCUCAAGAGAGAGCUGAUGGUGCUAAGGAGGCUGCAAGAAACUGCGAUGCUCUUUUGGUGGUUGGUUCAGCGGUAAUGACAAUGUCUGCUUUUAGGCUGGCAAGGCUUGCACAUGAAUCACAUGCUCCAAUAGCCGCUAUCAACAUCGGGGACACGAGGGCUGAUAGCAUUCUGUCUUUCAAAAUCAAUGCGAGAUGCGGGGAGAUACUCCCCAGAAUACUCCAGAUGGGAAGUCUAGCUGUACCCAAUGUAAGCUGAGAACUUGCUGUCCAGUCAUUGUCUUCUUUGGCAAUUACAGACUAGCAUAAGAACAUUUUUUUGGAGAAAUCAGUCAUGAGGGAAGAAGAUAUGUGAGACAUAUACAAGUGGCUGAAAAUUAUUCUGGCAACAGGUCAGGACUUCAUGACCACCCGAUUCUCCCAACCUGCUUAUUCGCAAAAAAAAAAGAAAGAUUCUCUCAACCUGCUUGUUGUACGUGUAAACAUUUUCAUGAUGAUUCGUUAGCAAGUAUUCAGGAAAAAGGUAUUCAAGUCGAUCAUCGGAAUAAGUACGGUCUCGAGGAUGAUUCCUAGUCCAUGUUAAUUUCUUGUAACAUGUAAGUUGGUAUUCAAAUUGAUCACCGGAAUGAGUACUUGUUUCCUGGACAUUUCUUAUACUAAUGAUAGUUUCUUGUAACAUGUAAA